AUGAACAAGGAGUUUUUAUCUGUGGAUCCAGUUGGAACAGCAGGUGGGCUCCUUUGCAUUUGGGAUCCUGAUGUUUUCCAAUUAUCUGGCAGUUGUUGUAACAGAAGAUUUAUCUUAAUCUCAGGUACACUAUACAACUCCUUUGAUUGUGUCUUGCUUAAUGUAUAUGCACCUAAUGAUGUCAGCAGUCGAUCUAUUUUUUGGAAUACUCUUCUUAACCUCAGAGCCUUUUUUCCCAACCCUUGGUGUUUGGGAGGUGAUCUCAAUGAAGUAAGGAAUAUGGGUGAGAGAAUUGGUUGCUCCAGAAGAGACAGGGAAAUGCAACAUCUCAAUGACUUUAUAGAUAAUUAUGAGUUGAAUGACCUACCUCUUUUGGGAAGGAAAUAUACUUGGUGCAAUGCUCAGGAGGCACAAAAAUGGAGCAGAAUUGAUAGAGUUUUGCUAAGCCCAGAGUGGUUGAUUCACUUUAAAAUGAAGCUUUGGAGAUUGCCUAGACUAAUAUCAGAUCACUGCCCUCGACUACUGAUGGAAGAUGAAAGAGAUUGGGGUCCUAAACUUUUCAAGUUUAUCAAUGCUUGGGUUCCACAUCCUAGCUUCUCUUCUCUUUUUAAGUCUUGCUGGGAAAACACAAAUGUUGUGGGCUGGGCUGGGUUUAUCAUUCAUCAAAAACUGAAACACCUGAAGGUAGAAUUAAAGAAAUGGAAUUCUAAAGUGUUUGGCAAUGUCUCAACUAAACUCAAGGCUGCAGAGAAUGAAUCGCAUGAACUAGAUAUCACUGCUGAGGUAGAGACCUGCUUGAUUCGGAAAAGGCUAGAAGAAGGGUGGUCAGAGGUGAAUUGUGGCAGCUUUAUAGAAGAAUGGAGUGGUUAUGGCAUCAAAAAUUCAUAG